CUGGCAACACUGUUUCCAGCUGCCACAAGCUCCUUGUGGAACUAUAUUGUGUUAUUGUGUUUAUACUUUUUAUGAAUCCUUUUCUUCGUCGCUGCAGGCUUUUCAGACUGAUCGUGGUCAUCAGGUAUCGUUGACCCUCUUCACGAACCGCCGCCACUCCUCCCUAACCUCUGCCUUUUUUGUACAUGGGUGCAGGGCGAAAGCUACAGCCGCUCUGAUCUGGGACUUCAAUGAAUUUCGAGUUACAGAAGAAAUUCCAGAUGUCUCCUAGUAAUUAUGAGAGUGUAAAGGAGUCCGAUGUACAAAGCACAUUGACAAAGUCACAUCAAGAAUUCAAAGAAGGAUUUCGAGUGCGCGUUUGUCUUGAGCGCUUCUUCUCAGACGAACGUUCCCGAGCAUAUGUUAAUGUGAUUCAGCACCGGCCAGUGCGCUGGCUGCAACAACAUCUCAGGAGUCUAUUUGGUUUAAAAGGACUAUUUUGCCUUUGCAGUAAUGGAUACUUUUUACCUUCAGAGGAACCAUUGUCCAUUCUUCACCCUAAUGACCCCAUUGAGGUUAUUCCAGUGUCAAAGGAAUUUUUAAAUCCUGCGAAAGGCAUUUCAUCAAAAAUUAACUUACAAUCAAAUGAGUCAGCAAACGCUCACAACAUAAUUGACAGUAAUGUGACAUCAAACUACUCUGUUGAGACAGUUAUCAAAGAAGUUAUAGAACCGAAUGAGGAAGGGGAUACAAAAUUAGUAUGUAUGAAGCAGCAAGCUUUAGCACUACUAGAGACAUGUUGUGAAGAUACUGCUAGUGCAGAAUUUGAUUCAAGUCAAGCAGUGUGCACUGCCGUAGACGGUAACAAGCUUCGUCGCACUCGUCGGCGCGUUCGUCGCCGAAAGCGGCCUCUAUCUGGUGGGGAUUCAAAUGGGGGGACUAAAGACAGUGAGACUAAUAAAGGAAAAAUUGAAAAUAUUGUACAGCCAGCUUUCUUCAAUAAUGUAUGCAUCCCCACAGAGGAGAUGGCUUCAACAGGGGGUUUAGUAAAUAUGUUUGAAGAUGUAGAACAGGCUGUAGUAAGAGAUGAUUCAAUGGAUGCAAGAAAAGCUCGUCUCAUACGCUCGAUUUCACCCACCAAAGCUAAAUGAAAGAAUAAAUCUUUAAAAGGUACAAAAUAAUUUUAAUCCUCUAAACUUUUAACAAGACAGACAUCAGAGCUGUUGUUACGGUGGGAUGUGGUCGGGUGACUGCCCAAGACGGUGGACAGAAAGGGGUCACUCAUAUCUGCUAAUUACCCAGUAGAAAUCUUGUCUAGGGCUUUAGUUCAACAAAAACAGUUAUGCCUGGUUUACAUUAUAUCACUAUAGUAGGAUAAAAAAAAACCAAACCAGGGCUGGUAUACAACUGGCAUAAUUUAAACACUAACUGACGCUAGUAAGCCCAUACAGUUGAUCAUCCAUCCAUCAAUGCUUGAUUGAUGUUGAUGCACUUUCUUUGUUUCUCUCUCCUACAUAAUGUUUAAAAGUCAAUGGUGGUAAAUGAGCAAUCAUGUCACCUAAUCAAAGCUGGGCAUUAACUCGUUAAUCGUUAAUUAACGAAGUUAACAUUUUGCUUAACAGAUUAACCUUUAAGUUAACUUCAAAAAGUUUUAACGCUUUUGUUAACUUCCGUUAAACUCAAUUUCCGUUAAUUAAGACCGUUAAUCGUUACAUUUGACACUUGGAGACGUGCUGUCAUUUUGUUUAAAUUACGCGGCACGCCACGCUCGUAAGUUCAGCUAUG